AUGAGCCUCGUCGGAGUUGGACUUGGACUGACAUCAACUGAGAGUGGACUGGAAGUCACCGAAAUCCUGGAAGAUGGACCAGUAGACAGGACGGGCAAGGUCAGGAUCGGAGACAUUCUGAAGAAGGUGGACGGCAAUGUCUGUGGCAACACUGUCAAGUCCGUGAAGCAUCUGCUCACGGGGCCCGCGGGGAGCUCGGUGACUCUGACGUUUCUACGACAUGACAUUCUCGGCAUGCCUGAUGCUGUGUCCAUCUGCGUGAAGAGGGGGAUCCCACAGAUCCCCACAGGUCGGAGCUCGAAGCAGCAGUCCGGGAGGCAGGAUCAGGAACGACCAUCUCCCUUCUCCUCCUUCGGAUUCUCCUUCUUCAACUUUGGAGGGUCCGACGACAACGAUAGAGAGAACACCGACAGCAACCUCAUGACAGGGUGGCAGCAAGGACACGACUGGUGGCUGGCAGGAGACGAGCAGAGUCCUUCUGCAGAGUACGCGCCUGACUGCACUCCUUAUGGACUUGAAUCUCCAUUGAGCGAUGAAGAAGGGAUGCAGAGCCGUUCCCAAUCUGAGCGAUUUCUUCCUCACGGAAUCGAAAAUCCCAUGCACAAAGACGCUGUGAAAGUCUGGACUAAGGCUCAUGAUGACGAUGGAGAUGAGUUUGCUGCACCAAUCAGGCAGGAGAAGUUGGACUUUUCCAGAGAUUUGUCUAGUCACAAACUCGUCGAGAAUGCAACAGAACAGGAGCUUCGCCUGCUGCGGGCAGAGAGAAAGCAAGACAACUCGCGGAUCAUUAUGCUGCUCACUGAGAGAGAUGAGCUGAAGGAAAAGAUCAGCAUCACUGAAGCGAAACUCCGACAAGAGCAAGAGAAAGUGACGCAAGUUGAAAAGGACAUGAAGAGGAAGACAGAGACGGAAGCAUCCCUCCUACUGAGAGAAGUUCAGGAUGCCUACGUGACGCUUGUUUCCUCGAGGCAAGCAUCAGCCAACCUGGACCCUGAGUUCGCUCAAGUCGGGAGCAACAGCGAAAGACUCUUUUGCAUGGUCAAGGCAAUGAUUCAGGAGGCCCAAUCGCGUCAAGAGGAAGAGAAGAGGAUGGAAAAGGAUCUCAAGGCUGCCAAAGAGGAGAUUGAAGGCCUCUCAGCCAAGAUUUCGCUCUUGCAGAUGCAGAAAGAUGAGGAUCAUCGUCAGAUGUCGGCCAUCCGCGAAGAGAGAGAAAAUAUGAGAAGUGAUCUCGCUAAAGUGAGAAAAGAGCUGGACAUGUCGCUGCAAGAGUUGCUGAACGCCUAUCAAGUGUGA